AGUGUUUUUUUUGUGUUUAUAUUUACAUUUUUAGAUUUAUACCGCUACAGUAAUCUCAACUAUUUGUCAAAAUGUUGUUCACAAUGUAAGAGUGCUACAAUUGCUCACAAAUCUAAUGAUCUAAUUCUAAAAUCUAGUCUAACUAGUUUUUUAUUCUUUCACUGAUGAGUGCAUUUACCUGAUGUUGGUGAUGGUUGCUGAAGACCUUGCAAAUAGGGGGUGAUAUGUAUAGUACUAUUGUUUCUUUUUCUUUUUUUCUCUCUUUUGUUAUUUUCAGAGGGAGAUGUUGAAUGCUUUUCAGAAUACAUGGAACUUUGGGUCCACAGAGCGAGAAUAGAGGGACUUAGACUGUGGCUCUCAGGCAGGAUGAGAAUUCAGGUCAGUCUAGCUUCUCUGGAGCUACUGAACCAGCAGCUGUCUGCAUGUGGAUUUGCACUUCACAAAGAUCUGGACAAGAACUACAUCUUCAGAGUUAUGUACAGUGGUUGCUUUGUACAACUUCAGCAUGGUAGCUAUGUAAUUGAGCUCAAUUUGCUGAAGAGAAUUCAGCGUUUUGGGGGGAGAUCACAUCACUAUGUCAUGAAGUGCCCAACACUGACAUCUCCACCAAACAGAGAACACAUUCAGUGUGAUCCAGAUGUUAUACAGGUGACCAGGCAGGUUCCACUGGACAGCUGGAAUAAAGAGCUUGAAUGGUCUCUUGCUCUGAGAGGAAAUCUUGUGGUUGCUGUGGAGGACGCAAGUCUUAUACGAGUGAACGUUGAGCUCAGACAAUCAAACAUCACCGUUCAGGGCCGAAGAAGAGAAAUCCUCAGACCUGUUUUGGUAAUGGAAACCAAAGGUGACUUCCUACCUCUCAAACUGGUCAGUGGACAUUAUGCAUACAGCAUGGAAGCUACUUGCCCAGAUGUGUCCAGGUCUGUAACUGAGAUGACAGUGCUGCAUAUCUUCAAACGGCGCAUGGGCUUGACGAAGAGAGGAGGGUAUGAGAACGAGACCCUGUCCAUCAGCAGUGUGGCGGUGAACCAGACAGACAAGUUCACCUGGUCUGAGAACAGUGAGUUUGUUCAGCUGGUCAUUCCUACCUCAGUCAUACAGCACAACAAGAGCUGCACGGGGGGUGUAGGUGAGGAACUCCUGCAGCCUUUCUUCAGGGUAGAUGUGGUACUUUCCUUUAAAGAGACCAACCACAAAAUGCAUUGGACCAUGGAAAAUACACUUCCAUGCAUGAGGUCUUCCAGCCCCUCGUUUUUGGAACCACAGCGUUCCUCCACGUUGGAAUCCCCCUUGCCAGUUUUCCCAACACAGUCACUCUUUAUCGUAGACCUUCAUUCAAAGCCCUUAACUCCUGCCCCGUCAUUCACAGAGACCCUCCUCAAGGAGGUGCCGUCUCUUACAACAGCUCCAGGUCAAACAAUUGCCACAUCCGCAAUGUCUGUCACCUCUCAGUUUCACCUUAACCAAGAACCUGCUUCCACAAUAGCAGCAAAACGUACAGAAAACCAAAGUUUUGAUGUGAAAAGCGGCACAACGUUGAAGACCAGCCAGGCUUUCACAAGUAAACAGCAACCCAACACCAAUGUCACCGUGGUGUCCUCAUCACCAGUAGGGGCUGAAAACACUGACAAGGCACAGACCAUGAAUCAAACAUCAGCAGGAACAGGUCAGACCCUGGACAAGACAUUGAGUCAACAAUAUGACCCACAAGUCCCAUCCUCAACAAUGAUCCAUCAGUCUCUCCAGGAGUUCUCAGCUUCUGAGGAACAAGCAGGACACUUUGAGGUAGUUUUAACAACCCCGGCAAUAACUGUGAAAAGAAACAUUGCUGUCACAUCAAGAACGACACAUAACAAGACAACUGCCUUUACCGACACGUCAUCACUGGAAUAUAUGCAAAAAACUCAUGGGCCAAGAUACACACUCCAGAUGGACGAACAAAGUUCAAAUAUUUUGUCGGCUCACACAAAUCCUGUCAACCAAGAGCCAGACAAAUCCAUUAGUAAAUCUCCACAGACUAUUACUGAGGCUAGUACUUCUGAAGAAGCACCCACCAAUGCGUUCAGGUAUGUGUCACAACCAGUGAUCAUCGGUGCGACACAAAGACAGCAUGAAACAAUGAUGUCAUCGGCUCAGACCACAGACCCAACAAGGAAGUCCAUCACAGAUUUGCUAUCUACUUUACAAUUUCAGUCCUCAACAGUAUCUCAUCAAAGUACACAGGUUUUUCCUUCCUCUGCAUUUACUACGGAAAAAGUACAAACCUCUGAGGCAGUCUCACCAACUCUAGCCUCUCAUACUCCACAGACUGAGCUCAGGAAAGGGACAUCCAGCACUGCUUCCCCGCAUGUCCCAGGGACAUAUCUCCCCAACAUCACCAAGCUAAUCCUGCAAGUCACGGCACCCUCAGAUCAGUCAACUACACCCACUCGCCCACCUGCAGAGCAACUGCAUCCUGACAGCUCAACCCCUGAAUCCCCUAAAACUCUUGUUCCGUCACAUUCUUCUGUGACCAGAGAACCUGAUGUAAGACCCACAGACAUCAGUGAAAUCCUGCACACAAGUACACUUGCAGGCAACACCGCCCCUUUGAAUACAGACACACAGUAUGACAGGAUUGUAGAGAAAGAAAGAAGUACAGUCCCACCAUUUAGUCAGCUUACAACCCUUGACCGCAGCAUGCACCACAGGUCAGAAAUGACCACAGAGGGUCUAUUGUAUGGGAACACAGGGCAGGCAAAGGACACUAACACAAUGGGCACACAACAGUGGACCUCUCCAGUGGAACAUCAGAGUCUCACAUCUCCCCAAGUCUACUAUACUCGGAGACCUGCUCUGACAGCAGUGCAAUUGUCGGAUGAUCAAAGCUCAGGUAAAACCACAAGCACAUCAACAGUGAUCAGCAAAGCCUUCGUCAGUGAACAGGUUCCCUCUUCAAAGGCUCCUGUGACUCACCACCAACCGUAUGUGUUGCAAACAAAGACUAUGGAUUCCAGUCAGACACAAGCAACAUCAGCACCAGCCCAGACACCUAACAUGACCUGGAGCUCUCAUUCAUUGCAAGUGACGAACCAUUCAUCUUCAGCAAACAUCCCUAAACCACAACGCUGGGCCCUGUCUACACCUUCACAACCUGAGGAAAAGGAGGUACUCAUUGAGACAGUACCAACUGCCCCAAGCAAUCUCACUGCACAGGCUGAGAUCUCCAUCAAUGCCAGGGCAUCUAGCACUGUCCCUCUGUUAAGCCCACAGCCUUUGAAAGGUAAUGUCACAGACAAACCAGCGGUGGCAAAUAACCUCACAGCAGUCACAGAAAAGCCAGUUGCUCAUAUAAACAUCUCCGUCCCGAUAUCCCAGUUUCACCCUUAAGAUAAACAGUAGCUCAAAAUAUCAAGCAGGCCACUGCUCUGAAACAAAGCAGAAACGCAAAACACAUACACAUAGACAAAAAAAAAAGGAAAAAAAAACACGACCUGACCUCAGAACAGCAACAACAGAGGCAAAAGGUUCUCCUCACUGCUGCCAUCACAGAUGAGUGGGUGGCAACAGUCGCCACGGUGAUGGCUGAGUAUGACAGUGAGCAUAAGCAUGGCUAUGCCUCUCUACUAACCACUGCCUGGGGGCAGACAUUCACCAAAGAGAUUGGGGCCAUCAGCUCAGUGAAUAUGUCUCCGUACAGCAUGUCGGCACAUGAAACAGAUUCAGGGCACCUUGCACAGAGCAGCUCAUGUUUGCCUGAUGCCUGUGUGGCACCCACAAGAGGCUUGGCUGAACACAGCACAAAGGUUAUUUUGUAGAAUUUGUUGUGCAAUGGUUUAUUAAAAGGUUAUUUGUACGAUCUGUGG